UGCGACGCGGAGGAUAAUCAAAAUAUGGAGUUGCACUGUAUCGAAAGUUUCUUUGAGGAGAUUGAACUGAUCGGAAAUUCGCAUGGAUCCGAGCGGAAAGUGGAGGACAUUGAUUGGUGGAGCAAAGAGGACGCCGACGAGGACGAGGGAAUCAUCAAUAUGCGCGAUUUGGAGGACGAGACGUUCGAAAAGAUAUUUUCGUCCGAAGAUUCGGAAAUACCGGAUACACGAAUCACUUUCAAAUUUGAGCAGUGCAGUGGGGAAGCAACCACGUGGGAAAUUUUGUCAGAUGAAGACUUACAGUUCGAUGAUCUUGAUCCUGUUUCUAGCAAUUAUUUCAGAAGCUGUGCAGGAAGCGACAUUGACGAAGGAGAAAUUAUAAAUACAUUCAGAGAAUUUAACGAUUCGCGCGAAUGUAGCUGCGAUUGUACGAAAACGAAGAAAAUCGUGAGAAAACGCGACGAUGAUUCGGACAAAGAAAAUAAAUUGGUUAAUCCGAAAAUGCGGAAAACGAAAGAUAAAGUUGUUAAGGAGGAAGAUGACAAAAGAGGAAACGGCAGAGUGUGGGGUUUAAAAUUGUUCGAAGAGUUCGAGCAGAAGAUUUUGCGAGAAGGUACACCUUCUUAUCAGCAGAAAAAUGGUUCUUGCAAAGACAAUAAUAGUAAUUGUUAUGAUAGCGAGGAUCACGAAUUACUUCUGCAACGUGAUUCAUCAAAAGACGAAAUUUCUAAGCGUUCUAAAACGAGUUGCCCGAAAGGAAAGAAGCGCGCUAUGAAGCCCAAAGAAACGGUAAUUGGAGAAAAUAAAAGUGAUGUUGAAACGGACGUGAAACGUAGCAGACAAUCGGAGAGGAUUUAUGCGAGGAAGAAAGCUGUUGAGGAAAAGCGAACGCUGAAGGAAGUCAGCAAUACUUUUGAAAAUACGCAUAGAGUUACCAGGAGCAGAAAAGCGAAGAUAGAAGAGAAUUUAAAAACGGUGCAGAUCUUCUGUUUGCAUUCGGAGGAGACGGAAUCGUCGAUCCUGGAGAGGUACGGAGCGUUCGGGAACAUCUUACAAACGAAAUUAUCGAUUUCGAGACAAGGAAACAUGAUCGGAUUCGUGACUUACGAGGACGCAACAUCCGCAGCAAAGUGUAUGAAAUAUGGAAAUAGUGACAAUAAUUUAUUGCACUACGAUAUGCAGAUUAAAAAAUAAAUCAGAUCAGAUAACUGAAGCAAUAUAAUUAUUGUCGGAAAUUUGAAUAAUUGCCGGUUAUUAACAGGGGAUAUAUAUUGUUGUACGAACGAUUUAAAUCUUUCAAUCGAGAAGGUUUAUUAAUAGAAAAUUUCCUUAGUACUUGUUGAUCAUUAUUUUGUAAAUAAAAUAUAUUAUUUAUUUAUUAGUAAAUACAAAUACGAGGCGGCACGCAUAUAAAUUGAAUUACACUUAAUUACAAUUAAUCAUAUUUGUCUUUAUGCAAAACGAAAGAGUCCUGUGUUUUUUACUUCUUCUUUUUUUAAAUUUUGU